AUGCGGACCCACCUGUACUCUACCUUCUUGGAUCUGACGAAAGCCUUCGACACGGUGAAUCGUGAAGGACUGUGGAAGAUCAUGCAAAAAUUCGGCUGUCCGGAGCGAUUUAUUCAGAUGGUGCGUCAGCUGCACGACGGCAUGAUGGCGCGAGUCACGGACAACGGAGCUGUCUCAGAGGCAUUCGCAAUGACCAACGGAGUGAAGCAGGGAUGCGUUCUGGCGCCUAACCUCUUCAGUCUUAUUUUCUCUGCCAUGCCGAUGGAAGCCUACCGCGAGGAACGCCCCGGGAUCCGCAUCGCCUACAGGACGGACGGUCAACUUCUGAAUCAACGACGGAUGCACUUCCAAUAG